AUGUCUUCAUCAAAGGUCCACAAUGUUGGAAUCAUCAUGAACGGCGUCACAGGUCGGAUGGGAACGAACCAGCACCUUGUACGAUCUAUUUGUGCAAUCCGAGCCCAGGGCGGCAUUACUACCGCUGAUGGCGAUAUUAUCAUGCCAGACCCCAUAUUAGUGGGUAGAAACCUUACCAAGCUCCAAGCUCUCGCAAAAACACACGGGAUUGAGCGCGUCACAAUCGAUCUGGACACUGCACUAGCUGAUCCACACAACACUGUUUACUUCGAUGCACAAGUCACCUCAUUACGCCAGGACGCCGUCAAAAAAGCUGUUGCGGCAGGCAAGCAUAUUUACUGUGAAAAGCCAACUGCAGUUACAACAGAGCAAGCCCUUGAGCUAUCAAGGAUUGCAGAGACAGCGGGUGUGAAGAAUGGUGUUGUGCAGGACAAGCUUUGGCUACCUGGCCUUGUGAAGCUGAAAAGCCUCGUGGAUAGUGGAUUCUUUGGAGAGAUUUUGUCUGUCCGGGGAGAAUUUGGCUACUGGGUCUUUGACGGUGAGCAUGUUGUCUCCCAGCGUCCUAGUUGGAACUAUCGAAAAGAGGAUGGUGGCGGAAUAAUCUCGGAUAUGUUUUGUCACUGGUACUACGUUAUCAACACUCUGUUUGGCGAAAUCAAGUCCGUCUCUUGUCUCGGCGCCACACAUAUCAAGAAACGACGCGACGAGAAUGGCGAUGAAUAUGACUGCACUGCGGAUGACAGUGCUUACGCGACAUUUGAGCUGAAAACUGGAGUUAUUGUUCAAUUCAAUUCAUCCUGGGUCGUUCGAGUGCGCCGCGAUGAUCUUCUUACUAUUCAAGUAGAUGGUACAAAGGGAAGUGCGGUGACAGGCUUACGAGACUGUGUCGUGCAGCAUGAAAGUGUGACGCCGCGGCCGAUUUGGAAUCCUGAUGUUGCUGGCACAGUUGACUACAAGGAUGGAUGGAGCAUUGUCCCCGAUCGUGAAAUGCUUGACAAUGCCUUCAAGACCCAAUGGCAGAUGUUUCUUCGACAUGUUGUUAAGGAUGAGCCAUGGCAAUAUAAUCUGUUGGAAGGGGCCAAAGGUCUCCAGCUAGCAGAAAAGGCCAUUGAGAGUUGGGAAAAACGCUGCUGGAUUGACCUUCCCGAAGAUGCCCCUCAAUGA